AUGGACGAAAUUAUUCCUGGACUCUGGAUCGGCAAUCUUUCCAGUGCUCUCGAUGUCAAAUCACUGAAAGCCAGCAACAUCUUCAGUAUUUUAUCUGCUAUGCGAGGAAAGAUCUCCAUACACGAAACUUUUAUAAAACACCAAAUCUUGCUCGAUGAUACAGAAGGGGCCGAUAUUCUCCAGCAUUUUCUUCCAUCGAUAUCGUUUAUUCAGGCGGAAUUGAACAAGGGUCGGGGUGUUCUUGUGCAUUGCCAGGCUGGCCUGAGUCGCAGUGUGGCAAUUGUCGCAGCGUAUCUAAUGUAUGACCGGCAUCUCACCCCUGACGAAGCCCUCGAUUUGAUUCGAAAAGCACGGCCAUUCAUAGAUCCCAAUCCUGGCUUCUUGGUUCAGCUCGAAAUAUUCCACGAUGCAUCGUACAAAAUCUCGGGGCGGGAUAAGAAUACCAGAAUGUUCUAUCUUGAGAGGACGGUUGGGGAAGUGCUGAACGGUGAUGGUAGCAUUCCAUCCACUGCGAUGUUUGCAAAGUUUCCUCAAACACCGACUGGGUCGACGCCUGUCACCACCCCAGGAGGACCUAGAGGCCCAAGACGUCGUAUUCGGUGCAAGAUGUGCCGGCAAGAGCUUGCUACCCGAGAACACAUGCUGGACCACGGUCAAUUGGGCCCAGCCACUCCUGUUAGUAUCAGUCCUGCCGCUUCACGUCGACCCUCGACCAACCAGCACAUUCAUCCCUUGUCCCGGAACCCAUCCAUCUCAAUGACCCCAGCUCAUCCAGUAUCCCCCACCAGUCAAUCGCCCAUUCAGCCUCUAUCGAGGCAUCCAUCGACGUCCAGGUCUCGAAUAGGGUCUUCGUCUGCGUCAGAAUCGAAGCCAAGGAGGAGCUCAUUGCUUGCACUCGGGGCUCCAUCUUUGGCCAUGAGUACCUUGAACACGGAGGACGCAGGUGAUAGAAAAGAGGAAAAGGAGGCAACGACUUUGGCAAGUGGUCAAGUAUUAGAAGAAUUGAAUCCAGACAUCACACGACGAAUGUCCGGAGAAAGGAGGCCUUCUGCGGGGAGCAAUGUUUUACGCCCAUCCCUGAACGUAUCCAGGACGAUUUCGGAGUCAUCGUCCAUUUCCGCUUUGGAAUCUUCCGAUGAAGAUGAAGAUGAGAACAAGACGCUGAAGCGCCGACAUGGUGGUUCUGUGGAUGAGAGUAUUCAAUUGGGAAGAAGGCUCUCGGAUGCUAUGUUAGUUUCGUCGCCGUGGAUUUCACCUGAACUUGUUAAAAUACAUGACCCGCUUGCCGCUGUUACUGAUGCAGCUAUGGCGACAGAUCCAAUUCCUUCCUCGGCUGCAGACGGACAUCAAAAGUUGGAAUCCCCCUACUUCGCCAAUCCGAAUGAUCUUGCUGCGCAGCUAUACGCAAAUCCGAAGUUGGCUGCAUUGAGAAGUCCGAUCAGCAUUACGCCCAAUGGUAUCACGCCUUUGGGAGGACCAAAUGUGUCCCCUUCGACGAGUCAACCUGCAGAAAUUUCGCGAUCUGCAGUCAGUCCACCAAUCAUAAUAAACAGCAAGUGUUCUGGGUACUUCGUCGAACCGAUGAAAUGGAUGGAGCCAUUCCUUGAAGAAGGACAGAUUGCGGGGAAGAUCGUAUGCCCGAAUAAGAAAUGUGGAGCGAAGCUUGGGAAUUACGAUUGGGCGGGCGUAUGUUGUGGAUGUAAGGAGUGGGUUGUACCGGGAUUCUGUAUCAACAGGAGUAAGGUUGACGAGGUCUUUCAUUAA